UGUUAUUCUAAAAUUAUGCCACCUAAGCCUUGGGAAAGUUAAUAAAGUAAUAUAGUUAAAUAAAUAAUAAGGAGUUUAAAAAGCAACAGCUAUAACAUAAGAAUUAUAAUAGAAUCAAACAAUAAAUAAACAAAUGGAUUAAUAAAUAUAAGAUAGUGAAAUUGGAGAAAUGACACAAGAAUAAGCUGCAUAAGUUUCUGCUCAAGCCGCUAAUCAAGGAACAACUAAUUAGACUUCGUAUAAAUUAAUUAUGUAUAUCCAAUAGAUUAUUAAAUAAUAAUUUAAACUCCUCUACAGGAUUGGGUUAUGGAGGUUUAAAUAGCUAUGGAGGAUAUAGUGGUAUGGGAGGAUAUAGUGGUAUGGGAGGAUAUGGUGGUAUGAGUGGAUAUGGAGGAUAUGGCAGUGGAUAUGGAGGUUUUGGAAUGGGAAUGGGUAUGGGUAUGGGUAUGGGAGGUUAUGGUAAAUUUAAUAUAUUUAGAUUAGGAAUGAAUAGAUUUGGAAUGGGAGGUGCAGGUAUGCAAUAAGGGAGUAAAAUGAUGCAGGCUUUGGAAUAUUUGGAUAGUGUGGGAUUUGUUGUCAAUAGUCUUUGUGAAAUAGCUAGAAUGAUAGAAAUGAACACUCAAGGACUAUAUAAUUUAGGGUAAUUUUUAUACUUUUAUAGUUCGACAGCGUAAGUGGCUUAGCGCUUUUAGCCAGAUUGUAUUCAGGCAAUAAGUGGUUAUGGCAUGUAAUAAUCAAUUUUAUCAAAAAAAUUUAUUAUUAAAUUAAGACAACACUAUUAUUCGAAAAUGAAACAUCUAAUUAGAUAAAUUAGAAAUACAAAAAAUUAUUCAUUAUUGGAGUCAUUGUAUUAGCAUUAUUAUUAAUUACUUUUAUUUAUCCUAAAGUGAUUAGCACAAAAACUUAGACUCAUAUCUUAGAUGAAGUAUUUAAUUAAUAAAAAAUAUGA